GGAGAGCGGUCGGCGUGCGGUCACAUAUCGCUCUCGCUACAAUUCACUUCGCAACUUUAGAAAAAAAUCUCAAUAAGUGAUCGAACGUUCCAGUGUAAGUGUUAUUAGAAUUAUGUCUAGUUGAGGACGAGACUGAAGAUGCAAGCCAUGAGCGCCAACACGAGCGCGCCGCGUGCGCCGCAGCGGUCGCCGUUCGCGAUACAAGAGCUGUUGGGAUUAUCGGACGGACGAGAUGCUCGCGACCGGUACCUCGAGAGCCGCGAUGACCGCGUUCUGAACCUUUCCGAGGGCCGCGAGGCACGCGGUUACCCACCCCAGUUCCCUCUGCCGGCGGCGAUGGCCAGCCGCGUAGCAUACGCCGCCGCCUUCAACGCACAGGCCGCCGUAGCGGCCGCCUUCCUCCCUGGACCUCCGCUGCUGCAUCCGCCGCCCGGCUUCCCGCAAAUGAAGUCGCCCUACAGUCCCUCCGCGCAGCAUCACCUCACAGCCGUCCGACAAUUUUACUCAGGCGUGUCGUCUUUAGAAGCAGCGAAAGACUUCACGGUCGACGGUUUGACUGGCUACAACGGGAAGAAGAAAAAGAAAAAAAGGAGACAUAGCCGGACCAUUUUCACCUCGUAUCAGCUGGAUGAGUUGGAGAAAGCGUUCAAGGAUGCCCACUACCCUGACGUGUACGCGCGAGAGAUGCUCUCCCUUAAGACAGACCUGCCCGAGGACAGGAUACAGGUGUGGUUCCAAAACCGACGUGCGAAGUGGCGCAAAACGGAGAAGUGCUGGGGCCGGUCCACCAUCAUGGCGGAGUACGGCCUCUACGGCGCCAUGGUGCGUCACUCGCUACCGCUGCCCGAGACCAUCCUGAAGAGUGCUAAAGACAACGACAAUGUCGCCCCGUGGCUGCUCGGUAUGCACCGCAAAUCUCUUGAAGCGGCGCAGCACCUAAAGGAGUCAGGGUCGGAGCGCGAAGGCUCGGAGGCCGAAGGAGAGCGGGCGCCUUCAGCCUCCCCCCACUCCCCUCACUCGCAUCGCCAUGACCCCCACGACGCACAGGCACAAAGCUCUCCGGGCAGUAGCACAACAGCGUCAUCUGGGGCGAAGGGUCGAACUUCGCCCGACGGUCGGGAUGUUUACGAAGACCCGGAAGCCUUCCGCAACAACAGCAUCGCCUGUCUUCGAGCAAAGGCACAGGAGCAUCAUGCGCGCCUGCUCUCCAGCAACCUCCUUCUUCAGGUGCGCGGGCUGCGGGCCAGCGCAGAGGAGGACGGGGACCGGCAGGACAUCGACGUGGGUACCGAGCAGCCUCUCUACUGACCCCCGGCUCCUCUGGCCCCGCUGUAAUUAUGUACAUUCUAGCCUAUUUAACGUUUCCCACUUUUCGUGCAAUACCUUUAGUUAAGUAUUUAUCUGUUUAGCGUUGUGUUAGCGUUGUAUAAAGUUGCGGCGACUCGCCAUUUAGCACUAAAUGUACUUAUUAGGCUUAAGGCUCCGGACUAUCGACGGUUCAACGAAUUUUCUUUCGUAGCGUAUACAAAGUUAUCAUAUUUUUAUAGUUUGGGAGAUCGGACAUUCCAUGUUUUGCGAGACGAGGUGUUCCGCUGUAUAUUCUUAAAUUGUAACGAAAAUAUAAAUUUAUUGUGGAAAGACUAAGACAAAUAAGAUAAUUAAGACAUUACCAAAAACGACAAAUUAACCCACUCAUCGGUGUGUCAGUAUUUUUACUAAAGAACACUUAUUUAAUUGCAAUAGUUACUUUUAAUAGAUAGGUUCUUUUCUUGCGCAAUAACUAUACAUUAUAUUAAGAUCAGCUAGAAAAAUAUUUAUCUCGAAGAGUCGAGUUGAAUUGCGCCAUUGACGACAUCUAUCGCAUCUUUUGUUCUAUUAUCAUUGGUUGUGAAUUGUGAUGGCCGCAGACGAUAGACUUGUCAGCUGUCAACAUUAUAUUUUAUUUACCUUAGUUCUUCAAAACGGCACGAAGCUUUCAAAGGGCCUAAUUGAAAUGACAUCAUUUUGUCGGCGACAUUUUUAUUAUCUUGUAACGCAAUUAACUUAUCUUAAUUUAGCCUAAUUAAGAAGUUUAAAAAGUUAUAUUAAGACAAAUGCGCACUCACAGUACUUAUUAUUGACGAAUAAAAGUUUGGCCUAAAGAAGUCACUGAAUGUACGCGUUACUAAAGCCCUGUUAACUUUUUAGAGAAUAUGACCGCCGCGUACGGCAAAACCUUUUAAACGACGGUAAACCUUUUGCUCAAUAACGAUAUGACUUAUAAUUGUAAUUGUAUAAAAUUGUAAUUUUCUACGAAAUUGAUAGGUUUGUCAAAACUUUUUAUGUAAACAGGUCAAAAUAGCAGUUUAAAAAUGGUUCAGCCGCGUCUAACGCCUCGUAAAAUCAAAAUCAUAGCUGUAUUAUUGUAAAAGAUUUGUUUAUAUUUGUUCUGUUCAAUUAACAGGGCUUUCGCAACAAUUGUAAAGACUAAAAAUAAUCUGAUAUUCGGCGUUGUGAUAAAUUGUUGUUUAGUCUUAAACCGCCGUAAUCUGUACUUAUAAUAAUAUUAGAAUAAAAUUGUAAUAUAUUUAUUGAAUUACCACUC